GAUUUGAGAACACUUCAAACCCAAAAAAGCACAAAAGUGACAGAGGGAAUCUUAAGACAGCAGGUGCCUAGUUUGUAACAAUCCACCAUUACAAAAGCUCUUUCUCUGUUCUGUCACUCAAAACUGCCCAUAACUGUUGCUACCAAACAAAGCCAUUUUCUUUUUACAGCAAUGAUAUUUCAAACUCAAACCCCAGAUCUCCACAUCUUCAAACACUCUUCCUUUUCACACCCACGUCGCUUUUCCCAAUGAAUCUUACACAGCAUGUGAAAAAGCUUUGAUCUUUUGCUACCUCCUCUGUUUUUCAUAAUUUCAUCCUUUUCCCAAAUUUCAGCUCCUUUACAAUGGAUUUCUUGAAUCUUUCUUCACCACCCACCUUUUCUUCGUGAGAGUUGGUGGAAAAAAGAGAGAGAAGUGUGAUUUUUUGGGCUUUGCUUCUGUGGGGAAAAUCAUCAAACAUGUUGUGCGCGUGUUCCGGUGAGCAAUUCAAGCUCGAGGAGGCGAUCCCGCAGUCUCCUGAAUCGCUGGCCACGAGGGAUUUCUCCGCCAGUGGAAUCUCUUCAAGGACUGGAAACGGCGAUUGGGAAUCCAAGCUCGAAGAUGCUCAGGUCGAUGAGGCGGAAUCCACGUUGAAGGAGGCGCUUUCUCUGAAUUACGAGGAAGCCAGAGCUUUGCUGGGAAGACUCGAGUACCAAAGAGGCAAUUUUGAUGCUGCCCUUCAAGUUUUUCAAGGGAUUGAUAUCAGGCUGCUGUCGCCUAGAAUGUCGAAGGCCAUUUCGGAGAGGACUCGGCCGCGGAAAUCGCGGUCGUCUCGAGGGAGGAAUGUGCUCACUGGUGUGAUGUCGCUGCAUUCAGUGAGCUUGCUUCUUGAAGCAAUGCUGCUCAAGGCCAAUUCUCUAGCUGAGCUGGGGCGUGUUAAAGAAGCCGCAAGCGAAUGCAAGAUUAUCUUGGACACGGUCGAAUCAGCUCUUCCUUGUGGCACGUAUAGCGAGAUAAACGGAGAUAGUAAACUGCUGGAGAUGUUUCACAGGGCGCUCGAACUGCUUCCCAAGCUAUGGUUGCAAGCAGGAUCCGUAGACGAGGCGAUUGCUGCAUACCGGAGGGCGCUGCUGAGGCCGUGGAAUUUAGAUCCUCAGCGGCUGGCGAAAGUGCAGAAGGACCUAGCAGCCACAUUGCUGUACGGAGGCGUCGAGGCAAGCAUUCCUCCCGAGUCUAAACCUAUAGGAGCCACGUUCCCCGAUAGUAGCAUGGAAGAGUCGAUUCUCCUGUUGUUUAUACUGAUGCAGAAGGUUGUUUACGGUGAAAUCGAAUGGGAUCCCGAAAUAAUGGAUCAUUUAACCUUCGCUCUCACAAUGUGUGGAGAGUUCGAGUCUUUGGCAGAUCACGUGGAGCAAGUUCUUCCGGGGAUAUACAAUCGGGCCGAGAGGUGGUACUUUCUCGCUCUCUGCUACAGCGCAGCAGGCCAGAAUUCGACAGCUCUGAAUCUUCUAAAGAAAGUGUCUGGAUUGUCGGAAAGUAAUCACGAUCCUCAUUUGGCGUCGUUUUUGCUUGGAGCAAAGGUAUGCUCUCAAGAUCCGGCCGAGUCUCUGGAAGGGGUGAAGUUUGCGCGCAGAGUAAUUGAUGCCUCGAUAAACCACAACGAGCACAUGCUCGGCCAAGCUCAUAAGUUUCUCGGCAUCUGCUAUGGGAAUGCUGCGAUGAAAUCCACAUCCGAUUCUGAAAGAGUCGCUCUACAUAGAGACUCGGUUAACUCGUUCAGCCAUACAUUACGCGCUGGGAUUGAAGAUCCGGAGAUCAGCUUCCAACUGGGGUUGGAAAACGCUGUACAGAGAAACUUGGCUUCGGCUUUCAACCAAGCCAUGGUGUACUCAAAGACGAGCGCUGGCAGCUCUGCAAGGGGCUGGAAGCUUUUGGCGCGCGUUGCAUCAGCUGAGCAGAGGUUGGUCGAUGCAGAAGCCAUCGUUGAUCUUGCAUUGGACGAAACUGAAAGUAUUGAACAGCUCGAGCUUCUUAGGUUGAAAGCCCUCGUUCAGAUCGCUCAAAAGCAACCGAAGCAGGCUAUAGAGACCUAUAGGAUCUUGCUAGCUCUGAUUCGUGGACAGGGCGAAAAUCUCGAGAAAAGCUCAAAAAAGGUGGAAGCUGAGUCGAGUCUCGAGUUAGAUGCAUGGUUGGAUUUGGCUCGACUUUAUUCGAGUCACGAGUUAUGGUUGGACGCGGACAUCUGCAUUCGGAAGGCGAAGGCAACUAAUUUUCAUUCUGCUCGAACCUGGCACGAAACAGGAAGACUUUUUGAAGCCAAACAACAGUACCAAGACGCUAUUGCAGCUUUCGCGGUGUCUUUAUCGAUCGUUCCAGAUUACGUCCCGAGUAUAGUCUCGACUGCCGGGAUACUGAUGAAGAUGAGCAGCCGGUCGCUCCACAUAGCAAAGAGCUUCCUAAUGAGCGCGUUACGCUUGGAGCCCACUAGCCACGAGGCGUGGUCGAGUCUCGGACUCAUCUACAAGAUGGAAGGAUCGGUGCAGCAAGCUGCAGACGCGUUCCAAGCUGCGCACGAGCUCGAGCUCUCUGCUCCUGUCCAAAGCUUUUUAUGACAGCAAAAACAUUCUUUCGUUCCAGUAAACUGAAUGCUGAUAUUUUGGUCAUAAAAGAAGCAAUUCUUUCAUUACCUUAAA